AUGAGCGCCGAGGCAGGCAACGGGAAGGAGGAAGCCAGGAAGACAGGUUUGGAGGGCACCGGACUGCCCCUUCCAGGUGGCUCCCAUGGCAGCGUGCGAUGCGCUGGCAGCGACCCGCAGUUGAGACAGAUGCUUGAUUCCCUCAAAUCCUCCAAGUCUUCAGCCGUGAUCAACUAUGGCGCCUCAUGGUGCGGUGUUUGCAAUCAGAUUCUUCCACCCUUCUACAAAUUCAGCAACGAAUUCAAGAAUCUUACUUUCGUCUAUGCCCAUGUUGAUGAAUGCCCCGAAACAACUCAGAACAUACAAUACACCCCGACCUUCCAUUUUUACCGGGAUGGAGAAAGGGUGGAUGAGAUGUUUGGUGCAGGGGAAGAGAGGCUACGGGAUCGGUUGUGGUUGCAUUCGUGA